AUGUCCGACGACCCUACUGCCGACUUCCUUGCGCGCGAAAAGGCCAUCCUCGGCGACGAUGCCGACCUGUUCGCCUCUGGCGAGAUUCCCGGCAUGAGCUCGGGGAGUGGCUUGGACGCGUUCCCGGACCUGGACGAUGCGCCCGCCAAACCUGCUAGCCCCAUCAAGUCGGCAUCGCCUAUCAAGUCGCCCAGCGGCAUGGACGCAUUCCCGUCGUUCGACGAACCCAUGGGCUCGUCCCAGGUCCGCGUGACUGGCAACAUUGGGCUGGGCGAGGACGAGGACCUCGACAAGUUCGAGAGCGCCUUCCCCGACUUCUCUUCCGACAUUCCAGCUGCGGAUUCUCCCGCCGCCAAGCCGGUGUUCAAUGCGCUGGCGGCCCAGCCAUAUGGCCAGUCUCCCUACCCUCCCACUGCUGCUCCCCAACCCCGCUCGGCUGCAAGCAUCCUCCCCGCGCCCGAGUUCACCAACACGCUCCCCGAAGCCGAAGGGGAGACCGAGCCGAUCCGCCAGUGGCGCGAGAAGCAGGCCGAAGAGAUCAAGCGCCGGAACGCGGCCGACCAGGAGAAGCGCGACGAGAUGGCCAACAAGGCUGAGAAGGCGAUCGACCAGUUCUACGAAGACUACAACAAGGAGAAGGAGAAGAACAUCAGAGAGAACAAGGAGCACGAGGCCAAGCUCCUUGAGCAGCUCAAGGACGACAUUGCCCGUGGCACGACGUGGGAGCGCGUUACCGACCUCAUCGGCCUCGAGAACUCCCAGUCCAAGACCAUCAGGCCGAGCGUUUCUGGCGGCUCAGACCUUGCGCGCAUGAAGGAGAUCCUCCUUGCUCUUCGCCGUGAGGGCGAGAAGGCGCCCGGGGCGACGGGCUUCUAG